UUGAAUUGAUUCAAGAUAGUCUAUAAAUAUAUUAACAACUUAUCUCAGAAGUUUGGAACAGUCCUCUCACAAAUUUACUGAAAGAAGGGUGAUCAUCAUUUGUCAUGUCACUAAAUUUGUGGCCAAGAUUAAUUGGGAAACCUUUUCCCAUGCAAUCGAUGAAUGUCAUCGGGCUCAGAAAUAAAAUAGCCACAGGAAGCAAAUUUCAGAACCGUAACUUUAUGGGACUUCAAUGCAUUUCACAACAUGGAAAUGCCUUGAGUAGAUGCCACCUCUCAUCAUCUUGCAUUGCCAUUGGACAGUCCAGAAAUGUAAGCAGAACUGUGCACCACCACAAUCAGAAACCUGUAUAUUCAGCACUGAGAUCUGCAUCACUGCGGCCAGGCAGAUGGGCUCAACAUCAACGUUUUAAAUCUUCGGAUGCCUGGUUGGAGCAACCUGUCGUCUUCAAACCAACAUCUCCAGCCGCUGUUGCAACCAAAGAGAAAGGAGAGAGGAACAGCAGGAAGGUCUCCUCCAAGGUGCCCCGCCCAAGAACCAAGAAACCGUCUAGGUUCGACAAAGGAGCGGAGAAGAAUGCUUAUUUAUGUACUGCAUUCACUACAGCAGAAGAAUACAAUUUGGAGCACCUCAGCUAUGACCUGCAGAUUCAGAAGAACAAGUUUGUUCUUGCCGAGAUGCCUCAAGAUGCCCAUGACAUCCUUCACGUGCAGUUGUCUGAUGAAUACUACAAGGGCCAGGAAGUAGAUGAGCCUGGUGAGAUGUUCUUCUUCAGGGAGGGGUCGGUAGUCUUCUGGAAUGUUCCUGACCCAGAGAUCAAGCUAGUGAUGAGGAUCAUCAGUCGGCAUCAGCACCAGCCCUAUGAAAUAGCACUGGUCAACUGGGAGAAUGAACAAAUGACCUUUGGUUAUCAUGAUCAAGCCACUAGUCUAGUGAAGGGUGACAUACUACUCGAUAGCGCAAGGCCCACAAACGAGACGGCCCUGGAGAAAUUUGCUUUCGCCAACGCCAUGGCAUUAUCAGUAAAGCUGGCUAUCUGGGAAUACUCUCUGGAUCAGUUUGUGUCUUCCAUCGAAAACAUUCCCGACAACAUGAAGCUUGGUAAGGGGGUGAAGCUGUCUCGAAAAGAAGUGAUGAAGAAGACCGGCGAGCUCUUCGGUCUUCGGCAUCGUAUCAACCUCUCUUCCGAUCUGCUCAUCUCACCGGACUUCUACUGGGAUCGGGAGGAGCUGGAACUCGUCUACAACAAGAUGUGCCAGUUCCUUAGCAUCUCAAGAAGAACAAAUGUCAUGAAUGAGAAGUUGAAUCAUUGCACAGAGUUGGUGGAUUUGAUGAGAUCUCAUCUAGAGGAAAAGCACACACAUCGAUUAGAGUGGAUGAUUAUAGUUCUCAUCAUGGUUGAGGUUGGAUUUGAAAUCAUCCACUAUAUCAGGCAGUAUAAGGCAGAUAGAGCAGAAAAGGAGGUUCCGGCUCAUUGACACACAUUUAUCCCUUGGACAUCAUAUUGAGUAAGGAAAGGUAAUAGGGUAUUGAAAAGGAUGAAGUGUGAGAACUGCGUUAAUCAAGGAAAUUUAUGAUUUAUUAUUCUUGAUUAUUAAUUAUUUGGUGUCACCUGUGCCUGGGAGGGGAAAAGCGAACUGAAUCACUGUAAUUCAGGACAGGGUGUAUGUGGUUUAUGAAUAAUACCCAAAUUCACCCCAAAUGGAGUCCAAAAUGACCAUAAUAAACACAAUAUUGGCCAACUGGGAUACUGUCAUUCCUGUUUGGCCUAUCGAAAGUCUAAAUCAUUCUUGUCUGAAUGACUCACAUAUAUUAUUUUGGAUUUAAUCAAAAUCAAAAUUCAGAUCAUGUGCAAUUUGGUCAUCAGACCAUCCUUAUGUCUGUAAAUUAUUUUGUGCUACCAAGUUUGUUAAGUGACCUUGUCUGAUUAUGAAGUUUUGAGCUCUUAAUGCUGAACAAAUUGCUGUGAUUCUGCAGCAAAUAUGAAUAAAUGAAAUUGAUCGAGUCGUGAUAUGAAAUGAGAAAUUGAUUUCAUGUUGACAUGAUUUAUAUUUUUUUUCAUUCAGUAACAGAAAUAUGAUGAUUUUUAUGAGAUGUAGAGUUCGACACUUGGUGCUUCAUAGAUAAGUGGACUGAAUCUGCCCUCUCUAAAACAGGGGUGAAGUUGGUACGCUGUUAUGAAUAUUGGUCUGUGAGAUUACGGUAAACAAUAUCAGAUGUUUUGACAUUUUGAUGAAACAAUGUCUACUUCCCUGCAACUCUUCAUAAAAUUAACCUGUGGAAAAUAGUGUUGCAUUCAAUAUGGUGAUAGUUUAGAAGUCAUAUAUCAUGUUUCAAUUAACCUUUCUUUUUAUAUCUUUUGUAUUUUAUGUCUUUACUAAUUUGGCAUAUUUAUUUUCAUAAUUUAUACUCCACCAUCAUCAUUUGAUAUUGUUUUGUUUUCAUAUUUCAGUCAUUCCUGUUACAGUAUGAAUGCACGCUUAGAACUUUAGGGUAAAACAAUUUUCUCCAUAUUUUGUUAUACUUUGCAAAUGUUAUUUCUUCAUAUCAUGCAUAACGAUUGUUUAUGUAACAUUGAGCAGGAUUAUUGUUAUAUUAAGCCUAUAGGAGUAAGAGAACUUUACUAGCUAAAGGUUAAAAGUUGAUAAAAAGAUAGACACUGUACCAAACAGUCAAUGUCUCUACAAUAUAAAGUGUCCAAAAGAAAGAGAAAAAGGUUGAUAUUCAGUCAAGAAACAUUAGCACCCCGAGUGAAAUGUGCCUGUGCAGUCUAUACCUCUAAUAAAAUGAAUUAAUAACAAGAACUGUUGCUGCCUUCUGAUUGACUUCAGACAAUAAUGUCUGAUAUCUAGGACCCUGGGGCUGUUCUCUAAACCAUCAUAAGUCCAACUUCAUGGACAUCUCCUUGAAACGUGUGUUAUAGAAAUAUCAUGCGUUUCUAUGGGAUGUCCACGAACUUGGUCUCAUGACGAUUUCAAGAAUUUGGCCCCUGGUUGAACCAUAACCCAUUGACUACAGGAACCAAGUGGCCCCUGUGUAUAAGUCUAUGAGAAUGAGAGAAUUAGGUAAUGAACCAGUUAAUAAAUCUUUGAGUUGAAGAUGUUAAUUGGGAACACAGAACAUCUUGACUGUAUACUUUAUAGCUUUCUCGCAUGGAUUUGAUAUGAUUUUCAUGAAUUCAAGCCUUUGUAUUCUAUGUGCAGCGAAGAUGAAAAAUUUAUUAGAAUUGAAGCAAAUUGAAAAUGAAUCAUUUUUACUAUACAGUGUAUAUUUAUAUUGAUAGUAAUGGGUGAUUAUACGUUGACAAAAUAUUUUUGCUUUGUUUUUCAUUGCAAAUUUGCUCUUAUAUUAUAAUUAAUCUUAAAAAAUCUGGAGGAAAACAGUGCCGUAAAAAAUAUUGUGUAUGUGUACAUGUAAUUAAUUAUGUAAUUAAUUAUGCAAGAUCUUCCGAAGGGAUGCUCCUCUACACUUUUAUUAUAAUGCAUGAUGAUUAUGUAAAAUAUUGUAUUAAUGAUAUACGAUAUGAUCUCAUUUUCUUUUGGAUAUUAAAGAUGGUGAAAUAUUCAGAA